AUGCCCAAGUUUGUGAGGCGACAGCCUCUGGCGGAACGCAUCAAGGGCUACCUCAACCCCUACGAUUUCCUCCUGUGGUUGUCAGAAGAGCUUGAGUCUAAUGGCUGGGAUCAACUGGAGAAAGAAUGGGCUGCGCCAAUUGGUAUUGCAUUAAACAUCAUCUUCGUCAUCGCGAGAGCCAAUUCCAAACCCAAAACAACCAGCUACGAUGAUGUGUUUGGAGAGAUUCCAGGAGUUGCGUGGACAACCUGGCUGGCAACCUUCAUUGUCCAUUUUCUGACAUUGUUCUGCGUCGUCAAUGCUACCUAUACCUUCUGGCGAAAAAGACAUUACCGCCUGUUCGAAACAUCCGUCGAUGACGUGCCGAGCACCCCUUCUGCCAAACGGGUCAGAGUCGAUUCUUCCCCAGUCUCCUCCUCCCCCCUACAGUUUCUUUCACGCAUUAUUGGGACAGAGACUGCACAGUCAAGAGCACAUCCUGAUCCGAAAAGAGAUGUGUGGGAAGUCGCCGUCUGGGACCCGUUACCAAUAUCCCUACGCUUGUUCUGCUGUUUCAGUCCUGGCCAUAUCCUCGUUUACUGGCUUUUCCUGCCGACCCUCUCCUCAGACCCAAGACCUAGCGUCACAAUUGCGACGGCCAUAUUUGUCGCGCUGCUCCUCUCCACGCAGCUCAUUUUCCUUCAGUCGAGCUAUUCAGCCCAGGUUAAAGAUUCAGCCUUGAUCUCAAAAGAAGUAUUACAUGAGUAUGAUACGAAAUACGUCAGACCAAGGACCCAGCCUCUGUACCGAGAUGUUGGCACUCAGUUCAGCGAGCAAGCCUCAUACACCCCGAACCGUGACGAGAAGUACAACACGGUCGAUGUUUACACACCCAUGGUGGUGAUCAAUCGCGGUUUUCGACCGAAUCCAAACCCCAAUUACGCACAGUAUGCAGAUCCUGAUGCAGCGAUGACGAACUCCAAUAUCCGACAACGAAUGACCACACCGGAUCUUCGAUCACCGACUCUCAAUGCCAACCCUAGCACUGCCGUGAGAUCUCUGGCGGGGAUGCGACAACCCAAUUUUCGACCGACAACGACCGGGGCUCGCUCAAACCGCCGAGCUCGUGGCUUUGCCGGUGACUACUCAGGUGAGGCAGUCCGGAAGGUUAGACUGGACGUCGGAUCAACGAAGAAAGCUCGAAAGGACACUCCCGCGACCUUAUCGGAGAUGCAUCAUCUUGUCAACAGCGAUGAUUACCUUCUCGCUCGAGGUGCAAACCCCCGAACCGGAGUCGUUACCCCGGGAUCGCACAGCGCUAGCAGCUCUAUUGAUCGGAACCAAAACGACUUAUCCAGAGUCGGGCGCCAGGUUCCCUCGAGUCGAUGGCGGCAGAGAGGUGAUCAAUGGGUUAGCUUGGAUCUUGAUGAGCCAACGCCUCUGUCGACGUUGCUGGCAGCUGAACCUCUUGAGCAUCAACAGCAAACUCUCAGGGUUCCACAAAAGCUUGCGAUUCGAGCAGCAGAGGAUUCGUUGCUUGACCAUGACGGAGUGUUCGGGAACCAUACGACCAAUCCGGUCCAGGGAACUGGAGCUAACAUCGAAUUUUCUCAGCAUCCGCUGGGAGCUGGCAUGAAAGCGGAAGGUGUCUACAGCGGCAUUGAGCAAGCCAAUCUGCAGCAAAAUAUUAGAUUGAACAGACCGAUUAAGCGGAGGCCUGUUGGUAGUCCUCCGGGAAGGAAUACUGCAGAGACGGUGACCCAUUCCCACCGAGGUGCGAGUGGAAGUACAGACACCGUUCGAAAGUACCCCAAAUUCAACAGCGAGUUGCCAUCCUCCUCGGCGCCUAACCAUCUGAAUGGAGGUUUAUUCCGACCCCAAACUGUCGAAAAGAAUCUACCGAGGAUUCCCACCUCUAGCUCAGAUUCUGGAAGUCAAAAUGGAGACGAUUCUUUUUUAGGGGUUCCCCCGACGGACCAGCAAGUAGACGUCCCAAAUUCAAAAACCUCAAACAUCUCUGGCCGUCAUACAAUCGAAAAAGAACUACCAUGUCUGCCGAUGAGCAAUGGCCCAUUCCAGUCGACAUCGGAUCAAGCACCGUACCCAAUCACGCCAAGGACAGAGAACGGAGCGAGCACGAUGGGUUUUCCAACCCUGAGCAUAUCACACCCCAAGGGGCCGAGGGGAGGCGACUUGGUGUACCCCUACUUUCGCGCACCGAGGCCAACGUACCCAAUCCCCUCAACGGCGAGACACAUCAAGCCGAUGGGCGAGAGAGUGAUGCCAAUCCCAGAGUACGACAACCCUCCGAAGCACCUAUUGCCGUCGAUGCAGACGACGGACUUCAAAGUGGAAGAGCGAAGGGCUUUGCCUCCACCACGGGAGGUGUCGAGCAGACCGAGACAGGGCUUCGACCCGUUGUCGAAUAUCACUACCACACCCACAAACAUAUCUAUGGGUGGGCCUCGUCCUCCACCAAGGCCGCCUCGUGUAGGCCCGGGGCAACAGCCGCCCUACCAGUGGAUGAUGGAUCGUGGCCAACGGGGUUUCCGCCUGAGACCACCUCCGUCAACCGGUACAGGCAUCAUCAUGAACACUACCAUGAAUAUGAGCACCGAUGCCAUGAUGUCAAUUCCAAUAUCAAGGAGUUCUCCCACGGAAAUGACCCGCCCUCCGAUGCUCGCGAAAGCCGAAGUCACAGUCGCAGAAAGAAUGUACGGUAUGCCCACAUUUGGACCAAUGGGCGGACGGACAGAAUCACCAGACGUAGAAACUCGACGUCGAUGGAUGGAACCGCUCAUGGAGACCGUGGCAAGAACAGACCACAUCGUGCCAGAGAUGAAUCUUGUGCCGGAACCCAUAAGACCUCGACUCCAACCCUUCCAAGGGCCCAGGCCGAUAAACGACGUACCACACGAUCGCGCAGAAAUGAGUUCGAACGAUCCUGGCCUGAUGAGGAAAUGCAGCCGUUGCAAUCAUGGAUUCGUGGCCCUCAAGCUUCACAAUACAGAUAGUGUCACCCCUAUGUCCGCCCUCCAGAAGGACGUCGACAAACCCAACGUGGAGACUAAAUCUCUGCAUCCAAAGGGAAGUCCACUUCCAGAACCACCUCAAGCCACAGCUCCACAACUUAAUGCCGUAACCCAGCGGGAGAUAACGAAUCACUUCCAUGAAAAAGCUGAUGUCAUCGAUGAACGGGAUCACACCAUCUGCUGUCCAGAAUGCUGCAAACUUGAUUGUCAUGAGGGCUGUCUCGGCCAUCCCAGCCCAACAAGGGCAUCCAACGGCCGCUGGUCAGACGCCCACAGUCCUACCGGUUGUAGUGAACCAGUAAUGGUGCAACAGGUCAGGCCCAAGAAGACCCAGGCCAGAGGCAACUUUACUCGGCUGCCCGCCGCUAAGCCUGUACAGAAAUCAUACAUGAAGGACGAGGCAUCCAAGUCUGGCAAUCAUAUUCAGGCGGCUUUGUCCAAAACCGCCCUUGUUGAAUUGAUCAUGCAACCACCGACACCAAUAAUGGAUCUCUAUCACCACUCAAUUGGCCGGCCGCCUGAUGCUGUUGCCGCCGCACAGAGAGCGAUGGAACAGCCAUCGCAGAAUAAAACCCAGGAGACAUUAGCGGCAGCAUUCAAUGCCGGCGGUCCGUCACAUGAGAAAGCUUCUGCGCCGCGCUCUAUCAUCCACAGAAGGCAAAGAAGUUCAAGCUUGCCUACUAUCGGGACCGACAUGACUUCACGCACGGGCAAUGGAAACGCUCCAUAUCACCGCGCGGCAAGCGGAGGGUCGUGGCUCCGCGUUCAAACACCUAUUGGUUUCUCGAUGUCUUGCUCGAAUUCCAGGAGCAAUGGCUCCGCGAAAACCCGCAACGUCAGUGGCGCAAGCAACACGACGAUUGAGCUGCAAGUCCCGAAUCUCGUGUCCCUGGCCUCCUGUGGCAGUUAUGCUGCUCUUGGAGAUGUACUUGUCAUACCCCUUGAAGCUGGCAAGAUAACGAUAUCAAUCGUCGAAAUAUGGCUCUUCUACGUCUGCUCCAUCCGGAAAGUCUUCGAUGCUUGGGCGGCUCUUGCAAAGGAGACUACCUUGCAAGAACCGUGGGAGAAUGUCGAUUCGCCUUUCGCCAAUAUGAUCGACCUUAAUAAUCUAACUGUUGGCUACGUGUCUGGCAUAAUUGCAGCCGGUAUUUUUGUUGUCCAAAUAUUCGUUCCCACGGCCUUGCCAAUCAUUCUUCUUGGGCUUCUUAAAGAGAGAAACUCGACUGCAACCACCACAGCCGCUGGGUGGUCUGUCGUCGGUCGAUUCUUGCAUUCCUCCUACUGGCCAAAUAUCCUCUCCGGAGACACUGCGGCGAGCACCAAAGUCCCUGGGCGCGUGGUGAUCAUUGCGAGCCUGAAGACCUUCUUUACAGUCUUGAUCGGUGUUGCUGCCAUCGUAACACCACUUGGUCUAUACCAAGACGUCCUCUCAGGCCAAAAAGAAACAGCAUCCGUGUUCCAUUACAUUGCUGAUACAUCUGAAUUUGGCUACGGAACUCCUCCUAGAACCUACCUUCCCUGGAGCCGUAUCUGUGGAGCAUUUGAACCAGCGAAUUGCCCGAACUCACCUCAAACCAUAACCUAUUUCAGUAAUGCCACGGGAGAAUACUUCUCGGCCAAUUACUAUGACUCUCAUGUGCACCAAUAUGUCAUUGAUGCCUUUGAAAGUGGGCUCUCGACGCAGAAUAGAUCUGUCUCAAGCAUAUUUGACAUUCAGACCAGAUCAUACACCUGGUCUCAGAUCAACAACAGUCCAGGCGCACUAGCACCAGACAAUGGAUCCUCAUAUCCUGUUGCCGCCUACCGACAAAUUUCGACCAUGGCAUUGGAUGAUGACUACGUUGUCAUUGAGGGCCUGGUCGUGGACAUGAAGAAUGGUGGAAUCGGCUUCAGAAAUCAUAGCGCACCGCCUGUUUCCCCGUUCGGCAGCACCUGGUCGGAAGAUCUUCUCUUUGUUGAACCCGAAUCGCUCUGUGUCGAUACAAACCUGACCCUGGAUUUUACUCUUCCCGAAUACGUAUCCGACUCUCUUUUCGGUAACGCAAUAGCAGAUCUGGUACUGACAGAUCGAGGAGGUUUUGCCAAUCUUAUCAGGGAAUAUCCAGAAUGGGACCGGAGUGAUACACAGAAGAACCCGGAGCUCUAUUUGCGCGCAUACAAGGCAGCUUGGAUCAACAAUGUGUGGUCGAUGGCAUUCAUGAACGUGACAAAUUUUGCCAAUCAGAGCGAUCCGGGAUCUCACGCCUUUGAGUAUCUCGACUCUCAUGUCGGCAAGGCUUUUCCUCUCAUGCAAGCUAAUUCAAGUGGAUUUCAGUCAGUGACAUCUUGGCUGGGCCCUGAUGUGCUUUCGUCGUCCUCGCUCUAUGGAUAUUAUCUAGAUGGGUUGGACCAGGGAACGGGAAUAUACGACAACACCAGUGUUCAGUACAACCUUUCCAUACCAUCCGACAUCCCAUCCGUUCCACCUCUAUAUCCAAAUCCAUUUGGAGUCACCCAAACGAACUUUUCCAGUGCUGAGCUUCUUUGUCAAGGUGCUGGUGGCCAAGAUAUUGCGAAUAUCACCAAUUUCGCGGCUGCGUGUGGACUGCUUUACGGAGCGCCACGGCGAAGCGACGGGCGCGAGUCUGUUGUCUUUGAACCCGGCUCGAAGUGGACCGUGCCGUUGUACUCGUGCAUUUCUACCUCGAAAGCACGUAUCAAGACUGUUUAUUUUCGUUUCAAUGGAAGCGACGAUCUCUCUGGGCUGACUGUCACUAAUAUUUCUGACAAGGUAUACCCUAAUGAGUCUUCCAAGCCCCUGUGGGGGGUCGAGAAGACAGAUAUGGUACUCGCGGAUGUCAACAUCUUGUGGGGUCUCUUAUCAGGACCGGACCAAGGCAACGUCAGCGUCACCACGUUACGAAAAGAAUUCUUGUAUCUCCCUGGUUAUGCUAGUGGGGGAGCUGGGGCUCCCUUCACCGUUGGCUACCAGAACUUGCCCGGCGUCGAUUUCCACAUUGGCGCUCUUGGUGUGCUCUAUAACAUCGCACCCUCCACAGGCAAUACCCUUACCGACUAUACCGGCAAAACAAGUCUCGCAAUGUAUAGGCUCUGGCAGGACCUUUCACGCACACCUGAGACCGCUGCCAGAAUAUUAAAUCUCGUCUGGACGGACGUGGCGGCCAAUUCGGUCGUUGGGACAAGAAGUCUGCAACCACCACAGCAGCAAACUCUCCAGAAACGCGACGGCAGCUCAUCACAAGGCGAUAACGAUCUCCUGAUUCCAGUGAAUGUGUAUGAACGGCGUGUCAGGUACCACUUGGUCUACGGCAUACCAGCGGUCAUGGCAGCCUUUGGUACACUCUGCGUGCUUACCACCGUCCUAGGUGUUUUGUGUCUGGGUCGAGCUAGCACCAACAAGAUGCGCAGGUACCUUGACCGGACGUCGCCAGGGCGCCUCGUCACUUCACAGUCCUACACUCAGUCACAGGCAACGAAACCGUCUGGCAAAGAUACAGGGACCCGCCGGUCAACAAAACAGUGGCUCAAAACCCAAGGCGGAAAGCAGAUUACUCUUUCGGAGGCCGAGGAUGGCUCUAUCAUUAUUGAGGAACCGCAGGCAGAGUGUAUACAGCCCUUUUUGCAAAAGAUAACUCAAUAUCCCGACAAGAGCGCUACAGCCAAGCCUCCAGUCACCCCUCAAGACACAUCCCAGGAGACACCCCAUGACACGCCUCAAGACAGUAGCUGA